UGUGGUCUCUCUCUCUCUCUCUCUCUCUCUCUCACGCAAGGUCCGUACAAAUCCACCCACUAAAGGCAGUAAGAACCUUUUUUUGGGAGAAAAAAAUGAGAUCAAAUCUCAAUUCCUUCUUUCCCUUUUAAAGCUGGGUUAGCACAAAACGACGAAUCCAAACGCGUUUCAUGCUUGUAAGGGCAAUAGAGAUGAUAAUAUCACUGUUACCAGACCUGACAUUUGCAGAUUUAUUACGCUGAUUUUGUCUCUCUUACUCGUAUUCACUCAGUUCUGAGUUGAAAACAGCGCUUGGGGGGAGAUUCUGAUACAGAAGCUCUGAUUUUCUGCCAUCUUUUUAUGUUUGGUUUCUCUGUUGCCGUUUUGGGAUUGGGCUGGAAAAUUCUCUGUAUCUGCAAUCACUGGAUCUGAUGGUUUUUUUCAAGUGGUACUGACAUUUCGUUACUGUUAGUGGGAGAAUCUGAGUUUCUGCUUUUCUGGGUUCUGCUUGGUUUUGAGUGUGCCCAAUUUGCUGCUCUUUUUACAGCUUCUGAAAAAAAAGAAGAAGAUAUUCUGCCGUUUCUUUUUUUCUUUUUUUGUUUAAACUAAAAAAAUUGCAGAAGACCCAGACCCCUUCCAAUGUCACUCACUGUGAAACCUCAUCUCCAUUAUUACAACAACAAAACGGGCAAACCCACAUCAACAAACAGAGAUUGGACACAGAUCUAUGCAAUCUAUGGCAUGGACCAGUGGCAAACCUUGUUCUUCCUCUUGUGUCACGCCAUUUUCUUCUCCAUCCUAUCCAUUCUCUUCCUCUUUUACUUCGAUCCAGUCUGCAAUCUCUUAGAGACUGGUGUUCUUCUUUUCACCACCACUACCAGCAGCACUGGCGCCGCUCGCUUCGUCGCCGGAUUCACCGGGUGUGUGACAGCGCUGUCCGCACUUUGCCUUUUCUUCGCAGCUGGGAACUUCUUUUACAGCUCGGUGGCGUUGCAUCAUGAUAUGGCACAGAGGAUGGUAAGUUAUGUGAAUGAUUGGUCUUCGGUUAAAUUGGCUCUUGAUAUUGGGUGUGGUCGUGGGAUUUUGUUGAAUGCGGUGGCUACCCAGUUGAAGAAAACUGGGAGCUCUGGCCGGGUUGUCGGGUUGGACCGCUCUAAACGGACCACUCUGUCCACUCUCCGAACAGCUAACAUGGAAGGAGUAGGAGAGUAUGUUACAUGUAGAGAAGGUGAUGUGAGAAGCUUACCCUUUGUAGACAACUAUUUUGAUGUGGUGGUGUCAGCUGUUUUUGUUCAUAAAGUAGGAAAAGAAUACGGCCAUCGGACGGUGGAGGCAGCGGCAGAGAGAAUGAGGGCAUUGGGUGAGAUGGUUAGGGUUCUGAAAUCUGGUGGGAUAGGAGUGGUGUGGGACAUAGUACAUGUACCAGAAUACGUCCGGCGAUUGCAGGAGUUGAAGAUGGAGGAUAUUAGGGUUUCAAAGCGUGUAACUGCCUUCAUGGUGAGCAGCCACAUCGUGUCAUUUCGGAAGCCUGAUCAGCUCGUAUGGGGACUGAGUGAGGUUAGGCUGGAUUGGAGAUGCUGAUCAUUUGGUAAUGCAUAUCAUCGUUAUUAAUUAAAACUAGAAAAAAAAAAAAAGAAAGGAAAAGAAUUAGGUAAAAAAAAAAUAUAUGCAUAGUAAAUGAUGAGUUUACUUUCAGAAAUCUGAAGAAACGAAGUGGAUUCAGAUACUUUAUUGAAAGUGUAUAUAUAUAUAUAUAUAUUAUGUAAUUUAACAUAUAAAUUAUAUGAUUAUUGUUGAAAA